AUGGAAGCCAAUCCGUCCCUGCUGGACACCGUCGGGGUGGGGGACCUGGUGCUGCUGGACCCCCUGUCGGAGGAGUCGCUGCUGCAGAACCUCAAGGAGCGGUUCCGGCACCAGGAGAUUUACACAUACAUCGGGAACGUGGUGAUCUCCGUGAACCCCUACCGGCCCCUGCCCAUCUACUCCCCGCAGACGGUGGAGAAUUACCGCAACUGCAACUUCUUCGCCCUCAAGCCGCACAUCUACGCGAUCGCUGACGAUGCCUAUCGCUCCCUGCGGGACCGUGACAAGGACCAGUGCAUCCUGAUCACGGGCGAGAGCGGCGCGGGCAAGACGGAGGCCAGCAAGCAGGUGAUGUCUUACGUGGCGGCCGUGUGUGGCAAGGGUGAGGAGGUGAACCAGGUGAAGGAGCAGCUGCUGCAGUCCAACCCGGUGCUGGAAGCCUUCGGUAACGCCAAGACCAUCCGCAACGACAACUCCUCCAGAUUCGGCAAGUACAUGGACGUGGAGUUUGACUUCAAGGGCCAGCCCCUGGGCGGUGUCAUCAGCAACUACCUGCUGGAGAAAUCCCGCGUCGUGAGACACGUCAAAGGGGAGAGGAAUUUCCACAUCUUCUACCAGCUCCUGGCCGGGGGAUCUGACCAGCUCCUGAGGGAGCUGAAGCUGGAGCGGGACUGCGGACGCUACGGAUACCUCGGCCGGGAGAACCCCAGCCUGCCGGGCAUGGACGACGCGGCCAACUUCCGAGCUGUUCAGGACGCCAUGACGGUCAUCGGCUUCUCGCCGGCCGAGGUGCAGGCGCUGCUGGAGGUGGCCGCCGUGGUGCUCAAGCUGGGGAACGUACAGCUGGGCAGCCAGUUCCAGGCCAGCGGGAUCGAGUCCUGCAGCAUCCAGGACACCCAAGCCGUGCGGGAGAUCUGCGAGCUGAUCGGCCUGCCGGAGAGCGUCCUGGAGAAGGCCCUGUGCUCCCGCACCGUGGAGGCCAAGAAGGAGAAGGUGGUGACGGGUCUGAGCGUGGCCCAGGGCUGCUCCGGGCGGGACGCCCUGGCGAAGAACAUCUACAACCGGCUCUUCAACUGGCUGGUGAACCGCAUCAAUGCCAGCAUCAAGGUGGACUCAAGCGAGCGGAGGAAGGUGAUGGGAGUUCUGGACAUUUACGGCUUUGAGAUUUUCCAGAACAACAGCUUCGAACAGUUCGUCAUCAACUACUGCAACGAGAAGCUGCAGCAGGUCUUCAUCCUGAUGACGCUGAAGGAGGAGCAGGAGGAAUACGUGCGGGAGGGCAUCCAGUGGACACCAGUGGACUUUUUUGACAACAGCAUCAUCUGCAGCUUGAUUGAGGACAGCAAGGCCGGGAUCCUGGCCAUGCUGGACGAGGAAUGCCUGCGCCCCGGGGUGGUGACCGAGGAGACCUUCCUGGCCAAGCUGAACCAGGUUUGUGCCAGCCACAAGCACUACGAGAGCAGAGCCACGCAGAACGCCCGGCACGUCACGGACGCCAGCCUGGCCGGCCCCUGCUUCCGCGUCCACCACUACGCCGGCAAGGUGACCUACAAUGUGACGGGGUUCGUGGAGAAGAACAACGACCUGCUGUUCCGCGACCUCUCGCAGGCCAUGUGGAAAGCUCGGCACGAACUGCUGCGCUCCCUCUUCCCCGAGGGGGACCCCCAGAAAGCCUCCCUCCGGCGCCCCCCCACCGCCGGCUCCCAGUUCAAGGCCUCCAUCGCCACGCUCAUGAAGAACCUGUACUCCAAGAACCCCAACUACAUCAGGUGCAUCAAACCCAACGACAACAAAGAGCCUGGCGUGUUCACGGAUGGGCUGGUGCAGAUGCAGGUCCGGUACCUGGGGCUCCUGGAGAACGUGCGGGUGCGGCGGGCCGGCUACGCCUACCGGCAGGGCUACGAGCCAUGCCUGGAGCGCUACAAGAUGCUCUGCAAGCAGACCUGGCCCAAGUGGAAGGGGGGUGCCAGGGACGGCGUCCAGGCCCUGCUGACCGACCUGUGCAUCCCCCCGGUGGAGCUGGCGUACGGGCACACCAAGAUCUUCAUCCGCACCCCACGCACCCUCUUCGACCUGGAGGACAGGCGCCGGCUGCGCGUGGCUGAUCUGGCCUCGCUGAUCCAGGCCACCUACCGCGGCUGGAGGUGCCGCACUCACUACCAGCAGAUGCGCAAGAGCCAGAUCGUCAUCUCGGCCUGGUUCCGGGGACAGGCGCAAAAGAAGCGGUUCGAGCAGAUGAAGAGGUCGGCGUUGCUGAUCCAGGCCUGGGUCCGGGGAUGGAAGUCUCGCAGGCUCCUGCGGGAGCUGAAGCACCAGCGACGCUGCAGCCAGGCCGCGGCCACUAUUUCUGCCUACUGGAAAGGGUACAAGACGCGGAAGGAAUACAAGAAAUAUUUCCGCUCUGGGGCGUCCGCCACCCUGGCCAAUUUCAUCUACAGGAGACUGCUGCAAAAGUUUUUCCUGGGGCUGCGGAGGAACCUUCCCCCCCUGGUAGUGACGGAUCGCAGCUGGCCCGCCGCCCCCUACAAGUUCCUGGCAAACACCAACGAGGAACUGAAGGAAAUAUUCUAUCCCUGGAAGUGUAAGAAGUAUCGCGACCGGCUGACUCCGCAGAGGAAAGCUCUCCUGCAGGACAAGCUGUGUGCCAGCGAGCUCUUCAAAGACAAGAAGACCCUGUAUGCCAAGAGCCUCCAGCAGUCGUUCCAGGGCGAGUACCUGGGUCUCCAGAAGAACCCCAAGUACCGGGCGCUCCACACCGCGGCCGAGGGCAAACUGGUCCUGGCCGACACCGUGCGAAAAGUCAACCGGGCCAACGGCAAGACGGUUCCCCGGCUCUUCCUGCUCACCAAGAAUCACAUCAUCCUGGCCGACCCCAAGGCCGCCCAGCCCAAAACCGUGGUCAGCCUGAGCGACAUCCGGAGUGUCUCGGUCACCCGCUUCUCCGACGGCUUAUUCGUCUUGCACCUCAGUGAGACCUCCACAGUGGGCGCCAAGGGGGACUUCCUCCUCGUCAGCGACCACCUGAUCGAGCUCAUCACCAAGCUCCACCAGACGCUGCUGGAGACCACUGCCAAGACCCUCAACCUCCAAGUGGCUGAUGAGUUCUCCACACAGUUCGGCAAGAGCAGCGUCGCCAUCCGGAUCGUGGAGACGGCCGAGAAGAACGGGGCGGCGCCCGUCUGCAAAAAGAAAGGCAGCCACAAGAUGGAGGUCCUGGUCCACUGA